AUGGCUCCAUCAACAGUUGUUCAGCAAUCAGACAAUGUCGCGCAUGCCUUAAGUGGUGCUGGCGGGGGUAUCUUGUCUAUGGCCUUGACUUACCCCCUCAUUACUCUUUCAACCCGAGCACAAGUCGAAUCCAAACGCGCCGACUCAGGCUUCCUCGAUGCUGUCAAGCGCAUCGUUCAACGGGAAGGAGUAAACGGUCUUUACGCAGGACUGGACUCAGCACUCUUCGGCAUCAGCGUCACCAAUUUCGUCUAUUACUACUGGUACGAAUGGACCCGCUCAAGCUUCGAGGCUGCUGCUGUGAAGGCGGGGAGAGCUUCCAAGAAGCUUACUACAAUUGAGUCUAUGAUUGCGGGGGCUAUUGCGGGCUCGGCGACGGUCAUGCUCACGAACCCUAUCUGGGUUGUUAAUACGCGGAUGACUACACGGAAGAAGAAUAAGGAGAGUGAUGAGAGUCUGCUACCUGGGGCGAAAGCCCCAAAGGCACCCACGACGGUGGGCACUCUCCUUGCUUUGCUCAAGGAGGAAGGUCCACAGGCCCUCUUCUCGGGUGUAGUGCCCGCGUUGGUAUUGGUCAUCAACCCAAUCCUGCAAUACACUAUUUUCGAGCAGUUGAAGAAUACCUUAGAGAAGAAGAGGAGGAUUACACCCACGAUAGCGUUCCUGUUGGGUGCGCUGGGCAAGUUGUUUGCUACUAGCAUCACCUACCCAUAUAUCACGGUCAAGAGCCAAAUGCAUGUUGCUGGGCGUGAUGGCGGCAAGGAGAACAUGGUGACCUCCAUGAAGCGGAUUGUGAGGGAGGAGGGCUACACUGGUCUUUACAAAGGUAUCGGCCCUAAGGUCACUCAAAGUGUCCUCACAGCAGCGUUCUUGUUUGCUUUCAAGGACGUUCUGUAUGAGCAGACCAUCAAACUUCGGAGGAAAAUCCCAGCAAAGGCUCUCUAA